CUUCGUUUCUAGGGCUCUUUCCCAUUCCGGCUCAUUCCGUGACUAUGGCGAGCGGCGGCUCCACGGGAGGAGCGAUGGCUCGCAAGGGCGUGGUAAAGCUCUUGAGCGCCACCAAGAGCAGCGUGUCAGCGCUCUCCAAAGGCAUUUCUAAAGCUCGCAAGGACUACGCCAACAAGCACGAAGACGAUGUGUUGGCGGACAUCCGCCAAACAGGCGUUAGUGUUGUGGAUCUCGUCUUUCAAGCGCUGCGAAGGAUCUACUUCCUCUACAUGGCUGGAUACAAGAGCGAGCUCGUUGCUGCGGCAGUGGAAGCUGGAAAGCGGCUGACCGAAGCGGACAGUAGCAGCGUCCCUCUCGAUGCGGUGAUGGUCUUCGAGAACACGCUGCGUGAGGAGGCUCGGAAGUAUGGAAACUUUGACAAGGAGAACUCCAUCUCCAUCCAGAGUUUCGUCAACCGGAGCCGGGCAAGCAAAGAGCACAGUGACAGGACUUCGGUUGCUCACGACAUUUACUACGCUGUUCUAGCAACAGCACGGGCUUAUGGAUCGGAGUGGGACAAAGUGGAGCAAGUUUUUAGAGAUGCUAGCUCUCGCGUGAUUGGAAAUGCAAUUCAUGCCACAGACGAUACCAAAGACGCGAGGUCCAAGGCUGCAAAGGCUCUCUUCAUUUUUGGGUGUGAGAUCAAAGCUAAAGUCGAGGAGGCAUCGUCGAGGCGGCAGAAGGUUGUCCGAGACGCCGAAAACGUUCUCCGAAAGGAGCAAGAAAGGCUGCAAAAGCUCUCCGUUUAAAUUCGAAAGAAAGUGGUAUAUUCCUAGCCA